CACGUUUCCGUUUCCACACAGCAACGCAAACUUACAACAGAGAAACAACACAGAGGUUUUUCAUAGGAACAUGGCUGAAGUAGAAGAGACACUGAAGAGAAUUCAGGCACACAAAGGUGUCAUUGGGACCAUAGUAGUAAAUGCUGAAGGUAUUCCUAUCAGAACAACACUGGACAAUUCCACCACAGUACAGUAUGCAGGAUUGCUACAUCAGCUUGCGAUGAAAGCCAGGAGCACAGUCAGAGACAUCGAUCCUCAGAAUGACCUUACAUUCCUACGCGUCAGAUCUAAGAAACACGAAAUUAUGGUUGCACCAGAUAAAGAAUAUCUACUAAUCGUCAUUCAGAACCCAAGUGAAUAGAAUUCCAGCUCAUAAACAGCCAUGUACAUUUCAAGUUUAUCCUACACAGCUUGUUUAUUAUAUAGCUUCUUUGUUCCCUGCACACACAUCACCUUAGAGGUUGUUUCGCCUUUUCUCACUUAUUAUUUUUUUAAAUGAAACUCUACUGAUUGUACACGUGAACCUUUUACUGUGGAAAAAUGUUAAUGAAGUAAAAUGUCUAAAGUCAAAA